GGUCCCACUCAGUGUUCCUUGAGCUGUUGACGUGAAAACCCAAAGAAACAUUUACGUUUUGAAGUGGUUGUCUUAAAAGGCCGUAUGGCGGAUGUGAGAGAGAUGUGUUAAUGAAGUCGAUACUCGUAUACGAUCCCGUGUGGUAAUUGAGAGCUCGAGGAUCUUCGAUAAAGUGUAUUCCGGCGGGAAAAAUAAAGAAAAAGAGUGCAGCAACCUUUUCAAAUGGCGAGAGUAGUUUGUGGUCAGGUAUGACAUUGCGCGGUGAUGGUCUUCUUCUUGGGAGACUUGAAUCGGAGGUGGUGAUUCAGGUGUUGUGAACUGUUAACACCCACCCACCCCCCCCUCGGUGGGCGUCCGUAGGCGUCGUGUCCUUCCUUCCUCCUUCCUCGGAGGCGUAGAAGAGGGCUAAGACUUCGGAACAUGAGCUUAUAGCGAAAUUGCGGACCGACCUCAUGGAAGGCGAGCGGUGGACCAAGAGGGCGACGAAGAAGGAGGGUUUGGACGGCGCUCCUCCGAGGUGCUUCUUCUUCGUCUUCGUCCUGUGGUGGAUGCUGUGCGCGCCCGCGAGUGGCCAAGGUCCUGUGCAGCCUCCCAGGUUCAUAGGUCAGCAAGUGGCCACCGAGAGCUUGGUCAGCGAAGGUCACACCAAGAUCCUGCAGUGUCAGGCACUAGGUUAUCCUCAGCCGGAAUACAGGUGGCAACGGGACGGCGAGGUACUGGGCGAGUUUUCGGGAGAGCAUUUCUACAAGAUUUCCUCCGUCACGAAAGAGGAUGCUGGAGAUUACCGCUGCGUCGCACUCAACUCGGCAGGAGCCAUCUUUUCUGCCAAGAUCACCGUUUCUGUUGCUUACAUGGCUGGGUACAAUGCAACAGAAGGCACAAACGUCACAGUGACUACUGGUAAUGCAGCUGUCCUGUCCCUUCCACCUGUUAAUUCGUACCCUCCCCCAUCUGUGACCUGGCAGGCUGAUGAUGGGUCACUGCUCUAUGGCAUUAAAUAUGCGACAGCGAAUGACGACUCCUCACUUAUUAUUUUGUCUACAGAACGCACAGACAUGAAGACCUAUAGUGCUCGCAUCACAAACACGCAGUUGGGUGUAGAAGAAAUUAGUGGAGACAUCAGGUUAAUAGUGGAGGACAGUGAAUCUGCUCCUGAGGAAGAAAUCGCACCAACCAUGAUUGUCCCGCCAGUAAACACGACCAUUGUCAGGGAAUCCAGUAUUGCACAUUUACAGUGUAUAGCAAAUGCAAGGCCUUUGUAUCAACUGGAGACUCUCUGGUUCAAAGAUGAUGUUCCGAUUGAGUUGUCAGGAGUCGUUUUUUCCCUAAAUGGCCUAUGGAACCGCACUCUGAGUCUCCUUCAAGCAGAUCUGAACUACGCAGGAGUUUAUAAAUGCCAAGUGCGACUAAGAACGAGCAUUGAUGACCCUAUUAUUGCGAUAGCUCAUGUAUCUGUGAUUGACCGUCCGAAGCUGUCACGGCAACUACCUCCUGAGACCUUUGCAGACUUGGGGAAAACUUUGAUGAUACCAUGCUCUGUCACUGGAACACCUGAACCAUAUGUGACUUGGCACAGAGAUGCUGUAAAUAUUGUUACUUUAGAUGACAACAGAUAUCGGGUGCUUUUGAAUGGCUCUCUGGCUAUUUCCUCCGUUCAGGUAAACGACACAGGCAUGUUUCAGUGCCUAGCCUCCAAUGUUGCUGGUGAAACAUCAUCCUACACAUGGCUGAAAGUGAAGACUUCAGCUCCUGUGAUGGACGUAUCUCCAGAGAAUCGCACAGUCUUAGAUGGCCAAGAUGCAACCAUCUCUUGUCGAGCUGGUGGGGCACCUCACCCCAAUGUGACUUGGUUAUUUGAAGAUAAUGUAGAAUUAGUUGAAAAUGGGCACUAUCAAAUACUUGCCUCUGGAGAUUUGCUGAUUGCUGGUGUUAACAGUGAUGAUGAAGGGAAGUACACUUGCGUGAGAUCCAAUGAAGCUGGUACUGUGUCUGAAAGUGCUUGGCUGACUAUUCUAGGUCUAGCUACGGAGUUGAGAAACUUUAAGAGAAUGGCGCGUAGCUCUACAGUCAAAACGCAAAUAACUCAACCUCCGGUGGACACCAGGGUCAUUUUAGGUCGAGUUGCAAAUCUUCAGUGCAAAGUAUCACAUGCACCUACAGUGUCUGUAGGUGUUCAGUGGUUUCAUGAUGGUGUCCAGGUAGAGCCAGAAGGCACUCCUCGUAUUAGCAUUCGGCAGGACGGGACUCUGGAAAUUCAAGAAGUCAGAGCAGCUGAUGUUGGCACCUACACGUGUGUGGUUACAUCAUCAGGGGGAAAUGAGACUCGCUCAGCUCGCCUCGAGGUGAUAGAGUUGCCUUAUGCCCCAACAGGUGUCAAAGCUGAACGAACUCCAUUGAUUCCGAAAUCUGUGCGUGUGUCUUGGACUCCAACUUUUGAUGGAAACAGUCCUAUUGUUAAGUUUAUAGUUCAGAAGAGAGAAUCAGCAUCUGAAGGUGUUGUGGAUGACCUGGGUUUAAAUUGGGUUACGGUGCUUACCAAUGUAAGUGCAGAUGCUACUCAGGCAAUAGUUGGGGACUUGAGACCUUCCACAGCUUACCAGUUCAGAGUCUCCGCUGUGAACAAUGUUGGAGAGGGCUCUGCAUCACUUCCAUCUGAUACUGUGAUAUUGCCCCAAGAAGCUCCAUCAGGCCCACCUCAAGGAUUAGUUGGAUCUCCGAGGUCCUCGACUGAGAUCAUGAUACAGUGGGAGCCUCCACCGGAAGAGGACCGAAAUGGGAUAAUCCAUGGCUUUAUGGUGCGUUACAGACUUUGGGGCUACAAGGACUCGCAGUGGUAUUAUCGCAAUAUUACUAAAGAGAGUCAGCAUAAUUACCUCAUUGGGGGACUUAUUAUCUGGAAGGACUAUGAGAUUCAGGUGGCUGCCUACAACAUUAAAGGUGUUGGUGUUUACUCGCAUAGCAUUCGCGUGAAGACUAAGGAGGGCAUACCAGCUGCCCCGCCUAAGGAUGUUGCAGCUGUGGCACUGACAUCAACCUCUGUUAAUGUAACAUGGAAACCCCCAGACCCCUGGAUGAUUAAUGGAAUAAACCAAGGCUACAAAGUUCAGGCUUGGAGAGGUAAACCAGAGAACGCCAUUGAACCGGACAAAACAUUAACGGUCCCACCCAGCGCCUAUCCUGAUGCUCAGUUGUCUGCAGUGGUGGAAGACCUUAGGAGAUACACAGAAUAUUACAUUACGGUCCUCUGCUUUACUCACCCUGGUGACGGCAACCGAUCUCAGCCAGUUCAAGUUCAGACUCACGAAGAUGUUCCUGAAGAAGUUUCUAGUUUGAAAUUUGAGGAUAUCAGUGACCGAUCAGUUAAAGUACUGUGGUCAGAACCUGACAAGAGUAAUGGCAUUUUGAAAGGAUACACGCUGUCGUACAUGGUGAAAGAUGCUCCCCACACUGUGGUCACCCAGAACUUUACAUCAGAUGUUUCAAGCUCUGUCAUUUCCAAUUUAACAGCAACAACAUUCUACACCUUCGAAGUCUAUGCAUGGACAUCAGUAGGCCCUGGGGAGUCAGUGACAGCGACCAUUCAAUCUGGUGUUGAGCCGGUAUUACCGAGUGCUCCUGACCGUCUAGCUGUUUCAAAUAUUCAAGCGUUUUCUGUGGUGUUACAAUUCACACCUGGUUUUGAUGGAAAUUCCUCUAUUUCAAAGUGGACAGUUCAAGCAUUGUCCUCACGUAGCAGCACAUGGGAGACAAUUUAUGAAGUUUCUGCACCAGAUGCAACAACAAUAACUGUACAGAAUCUUAUUCCCUUCACAAAAUAUUAUUUGAGAUUAAUUGCCAAUAAUUUGGUUGGCAUGUCUGAACCCUCGGAAGCUUCCCCAGAAUUUCAAACUCUCCAGGCGGAGCCAGCUCAUCCCCCAUCAAACAUGACUGUCCGAGCCAUGUCAGCAACUCAGCUCCGUGUCCGCUGGAUUCCUCUUCAACAAUUUGAGUGGUAUGGUGCACCUCAAGGAUAUCUCAUUAAAUAUCGAGUCAUUGGCUGUGAAUGUGAUUUCUCAGAAGAUUUUGUGCAGGACAUAACUGCCAAUUCACAUCAGCUAAUUGGUCUGGAGGAAUAUACUCAAUAUGAAGUUACAAUGGUGGCAGUCAACCAUAUUGGACCGUCUGCCUUGGCACCUGCUGCAAUAGAGAGGACCAGAGAGUCAGUUCCAAGUGCUGGUCCCGAUGGAGUAACAGCAAAUGCAACAUCCUCUACAACAAUUGUAGUUAGAUGGGAGCAUGUUCCUCUUGUUCACCAGAAUGGGAUUAUUGAAGGAUACAAAGUUGUGUAUGUUGGUAAGAAUAUGAAACCGCAGGAAAAGUUGAUUCCAAAUAAUACUACGUUUGCUGCCACACUGACAGAACUUCGCAAGUACUACCAAUACACUGUACAGGUUUUAGCCUAUACUAGACACGGGGAUGGUGUGCUAUCAACCCCUUCACUUCUUGUGCAAACUCAUGAGGAUGUACCUGGUCCACCUUCGGAUGUGUCGUUUCCAGACGUUUCCUUUACUUAUGCCCGCAUAAUUUGGGAUGUUCCUGCAGAACCAAAUGGUGAAAUUACAGCAUAUUCCAUUGUCUACCAUCUGGAAGAAAACACUGAUGUAAACAACACUUUUCAGUUUGGACCUACCACGCGUACUUUCAAAGCAAUUGAACUGAAACCAGAGAGCAAUUACAUGUUUCUGGUAAGUGCUCGUACUCGACUGGGCCAGGGAAAAGUGUUGAGGGCCCCUGUAUACACAACCAACAAUAGAGAACUUCCAGCUCCACCGUCUCGACCAUCUGUAUCUCACUCUCAGAUCACAUCUACAAGCAUAACAUUCUCAUGGAAUCCUGGAAGAGAUGGAUUUGCACCUAUUAGAUAUUAUACAGUCCAGUACAUGGAGGGAUCUGGAGGUUGGCAGCCAGUUGAAGAAAGAAUUGAUUACUCUGCCACAAGUUAUACUGCUUCGUCAUUGAAGCCUUUUACUGCCUAUAAAUUCAGACUUCAAGCUACCAAUGACAUAGGCGCAAGUGGGUGGAGCGAGAGCAGCGUAGAAGUGCGUACGCUGCCAGCUGAACCUUCUGAACCUCCAACUGACAUCAAGGUUAUUCCUAUCACAACUAAUAGUGUCAGGGUAGAAUGGACACCCCUAUUCCCUGAAUCUUGGAGUGGUGAUGCCAAGAGUGGUGGGUAUAGGGUCAAAUACCGUCAGAUGUCGGAUAUACCCACCGCAUUUAGUGUCCAGCACAAGGAAUUAAGAGAUAUUCUGGCAAAGGAAAUUGUUCUGAAGGAGUUGCAGCGUGAUACCAACUAUGAGGUGAUGGUGGUAUCCUUCAAUGCUCAAGGAGAAAGUCCUCCCUCAGCUCCUUCAACUGUUUAUGUGGGAGAAGCUGUUCCUACUGGUCAGCCAAAAAAUAUCCAGGCACAACCUGUGUCAUCCACAGAAAUCAAGAUAUUGUGGGAGCCACCGGAUGAAGAAGAAAUGAAUGGGGAACUUCUUGGUUACAAAAUUUUCUACAGAAGUGAGAAUGACCCAGAGGGAUCAGAAGAUACUGAAGUUGUAGGAGCAUCUACCAGAGUCUACGAACUGCUCUAUCUAGAUAUGUACACCAGGUACAUCAUUACAAUGCUGUGUUUCAACCCAGCUGGAGAUGGACCAAAAUCUGUGCCAGUAUACACAAGAACGCUUCAGGACCUACCAGGACCUGUGGCAAACCUUAGUUUUACAGACAUAACGAUGAACAGUCUGAAAGUAGUUUGGAAUGCCCCUGUUAGACCAAAUGGAGAUAUUCAAGGUUACAUUGUUACUUAUGAAACGGCCAGACCAGAUGAAAAUUUUAGUAAGCAAGUAAAGCAAAAAGUGGUGACGCCAUAUUUACUCGUGAUGUCAUUAGAAGAAGAAGUAACAUAUGAAUUUAGUGUUCGAGCUCAAACAAUCGAUUAUGGACCUGAGGUACGAUCAAAUGUCACAACUGGGCCACAGCCAGGAUCCCCCGCAAGGCCAAAAGAUCUCACCUUAACAAAGACAGUUUCCAGCGUAACGCUGCACUGGCGCAAUAGUCAUUCUGGAAAGGGUGCUAUUCUGGGCUACUAUAUAGAAGCUAUGAAAACAGCUGGCUUAGAAUGGCAGAUGUAUUCUGAUAAGUGGACAGUUUUGAUGAAGACUGAAACUGGGGAGAUUGAGGAAUACACAGUUUCGUAUCAGAACUUGCUACCAUCAACCCAGUAUGAGUUUAGGCUUAUUGCAUAUAACCAGUAUGGGAUAUCUUAUCCUGCAGUAGCAAAUGAAAAGAUUGUCACUCCUUCAAAACGAUUUUUGGAAUAUGGAUAUCUGCAGCAAAGACCAUUCUACCACCAGACUUGGUUUAUGGUUACAUUAGCAGCAGUUUCCGUGGUUUUAAUAAUUAUUGUGAUUGCUGCAUUGUGUGUCAAGAGCAAGACCUAUAAAUACAAACGUGUUGUAGAGGAAUUGUUAUCAGCACAAGAAGCUGCUAAUAAGACCAUGGAAGAGUCCUUGAAUACAGAUGAAACUGCCUUCUCGACCUUUGAAAUGCGGCAGUCGAGAAGAGGUACCAUGAGUAAGAGAAGCACCUUGGGCCGAAGAUCUGUUAUUGGGGCAACCGCUGUUGUUAAUGCAAAAUCUCCACCAAGACCAGCUCCAGCUUCUGUCACUUACUCAGAUGAUGACACUGUUAAAGGCUAUGAUGAGAAUCCGGAUGAUUCAAGUGAGCUGACAGAGAAGCCGACAGAUUUGUCCUCUACUGCCUCAGAGCAGGAAUCUGAGAGUGAAAAUGAAUCACAUCAUUCAGAACCACAUUCCUUCGUGAAUCACUAUGCCAACGUCAACGAAACCUUCCGUCAGUCUUGGCGCCGUCAAAAGCCGGUUCGAAAUUACUCGAGCUACACCGACUCCGAAGCGGAGGGUAGUGCCGUCAUGAGUCUCAAUGGCGGUCAAAUCAUAAUGAACAACAUGGCGGGAUCAAGGGCCCCCUUGCCUGGGUUCUCAUCAUUUGUAUAGUCAGUACACUUAAGGGUACAUAACUGAUAAGAAAAGACAAGUUAUUGUAAGUCUUUGUAAACUUGUGAUAUCCUAUGUUAGAUGUGGACGGCUCAUCGUUAACUGUAGGAAGAUUUGUAAAAAUAGAAGGAAGUCAUUAUGUUACUGCCACAUAUUUAAUUAAAAGGACCCUUCAGUCCUAAAAUAUCUGUGAUAUGUACAGCAUUAGACUAAAGAUUCCACUUGAUUACUCCUUUUUCCUUUAGAUGCCAUUUGAUUACUUGGCUUUUUUUCAUGUUUCAUUGGUAGUGAUUCUGUAGAUAGCUUAGCAGAUAGGCAUUUGUCUCUUUCUUCCAAAUAACCCUCCCAUGUAAAGUACUCCAGAAUAAAUGAAAUGUUGCAUGUAGGAUAGGAAUAUGAAUUGGGAGCCUUAUGUUGGUGGUAAGUACUGUACUAUUUUGCAUUUUAUAUCCAAAUUGUUACUAGCAUAAUUAUUAUGCUUGACAUUUGAAUGGCAUUAAGGUUAUUUAUGUCUGUUUUUUGAGAAUAGUGGGAUUACAUUUAUUCCUGUCAGUUCAGUACUAGUUUUGUGCUAAGCACCAGGUAGAAACCAUCAACAGAUUGUUUUAUAACAGGUGCUUUUUAUGAUUUAAGUUGACAUACUGCAUUUGGGAAUUUUAAAAUUGGGUUGCUUGUCAUUUCUACCAUCCCAGAAAUAGUUCAAUCUGUCAUUUGAAAUGAAGCAGGAAAUGCCUUUGUAAUUAUUUACACACUUCCUUACUAUGGGGGAGUCUUGUGGCUUCGUCAUUUCCAUGGUGACCAGGCUGACCUCAGGCCCAUUUAUAUAUUGUACUAUAAAUGGAUAUAUGUGCAUUAAUUCUUGUGUAUGCUUUAGUAAUUCUAGUUAUACAGAUGUUUAUAUAUAGAAGUGGGAGGCUGUGAGCAUGUUGAGAAAAUCAUAUCAUUUGCCCUUCUAGAUGGAAUGUGGUGGUGAUUCACCCUCGUUUUUUGUUCCAUUCUUAACAUCUGCACAUGGACUAACAUUGGUUUACAGUGGUGAGUGCAUUACUUGACUUGCUUACUAGAAAUUGGCAAAGCUCCUGUUGUACUUUAGGAGAACUUUGAGAGACUAAUGUCAGUGUUUGACAAGUAAAAUUAGUUUUAAAAUUUCAAGAGUACAUGAGUGUGCUAAGUUUAUAAGAAUCUCAUAUUAUUGUGAGAAUGAAUUUUUGUUGUUAUAAAUGGAUCUCUAAAUUAGAAGUAAUUGCUCUAUACAUGUGGAGUGAACACAAUUAAUGACAUCCUCAAGUAAAAAUGCCUUCGUAGAGUGUUUCAAAUAGUUAGAUUGGGCAGCAGCAUUAGUAUUAUUCUUAUAAGGACCAAUAACUUUAUCCUGUUUGUAACUCGAACAAAGGUAGUGAAUUAGAGUUACAAGCAUUACAGUAGUAACUAAAUUCAUUUUAAAACAGGAAAGUCACACACACAAAGGAGGACAAGGCUCAAGUUUGAAAUAUAUUGCCUCAUCAAAAAUGUUCCUAUGCAGUUAUUCCUGAAUGAUGGGCAUUUUUUGCACAAGAAUAUUUCCUUAUUCAGUGCAUUUUACUUUUCUUUUGAAGUGACUAGCACAGGUAUUUUCAGUAUGUGCCAAGUGGGAUAUAUUAAACGUGCUUUUAUGUGCAUUCAUUAUCUGAUGUGAUAAUAUUUAGUGUGAUUUGUAAGGCAGUUCUUUUGUUAUUAAACUAUUUUUACCUCUAUCACAAUUGUGAUAUCAGCUCCUCUUUGUAGUUAUACACACAGUGAAUGAUUAGUUGAAAUAUGGUGCAAACUUUACCCCUGUAUUCUCCAAACUCAUGUUAUGUUUGAAGAAGUAUGCUAAUUGCCAUUCCAGUGUCUUUUGUCUUUAUAUCCAGAAACAGUAAAUGUUCAGUAUUUGAAUGCAUUUAUUAAAAAUAGUGUAGGGGUUUGCCCUCGAUUUUUGUGAAGUAUUGAUCUCUUUAAGGUGACAAAUUGGUGUAUAUGUAGCAUGUAACAUCUCAGAUUACUGGAAGUGCCUUCUAUAAUAUAGUAGGUGAUUCAUUUAAUAAUACUUUUUGUUUUAUUAGUCUAGAUUAUGCCCAUUGGUAAGGAGCAUUAACAAAUCUAUCUUUGCCAUUUAACAGUGCAUUUAUAGGCAUUCCAUUCACAAAUAUUUGGAAAGUGCACAGUAUUUUCAUAAAAUUAUGAAUGCUUGGCAGAUUAUGUUGGUAUGUCGUCAUAUGCUUCUCUGGCGGAUUUCCUUUUUGAUGGAUAUUUUAGUGUUUUGCUAUGUCUAAUUUAUUUAUGAAAAAGAAAAUAUAUUAAUACAGAGGUCAGGAUUUUUUUCAUGGUAAUGUUUUUCAGUUAUUUUUGUGGUAGGGAAUAUAUCACAUUUCUGAGGAAAAUAAUUGUUCACCUUUUGCAUAGUUGAUGCCAUUGUGUUUUUUUAUGAACUAACCAGUUUCUUCCUGACAAAGCAGUUAGAUUUUAUAUGCACAACAUUUCCUACAUUGCACAACACAGCAGAAAUUGCAGUACUUACUGGCUUUUGCUUUAUAUUCUACCCUGCUUUUUAAGUCUUAUUUUGUUAAUUAAUAUUUUGCCAGUGACAAUAAGUAAAGGAAUGUCAGGACUUGAACUUUUGGUACACUUCUUAAUCAGCAUUUUGUAAGUGGAAGGUUGACAAUGUUUAUAGCUUUGGUGUGUAAGUCUGAAGGCACAGUUCAUAUUAAGACUAAGUACUUGAAGCACAGUACUUACAUAUCAUUUUCCUUUCAGCCUUAAACCAUAAAAGGUAGUGUGGAUUAAGAGUUAACUUCAUUUCCAAUGAUUUUUUUAACAGUACAAGGCCUUUUGUAAAACAUUGUGAAUUUUAUAAUAAAACUCAAAUAAA